AUGUCGAACCGAGGUCCCCAGAAUGUGUUAAAGCAGCUGCAGCGCAUGCUCCAGCAGAUGCAGGCUAACUCGGCCCGCAUGGCGGGCUCCGGCAGCUCGUACGGUGGCCAGGGCGGCCAGGGCGGCCAGGGCGGUGGGCCUGUGAACCCGCUGCUGGGUGGCGCCGGCCUCGUGGCGCUGCUCGGCCUGGCGGUCGGCGUCAACGCCUCGCUCUUCAACGUCGAUGGUGGUCACCGCGCGAUCAAGUACUCGCGCAUCUAUGGUGUGUGUCCGACCAUCUACAAUGAGGGUACGCAUCUGAUCAUCCCGUGGCUCGAGACGCCCAUCGACUACGAUGUGCGCGCGAAGCCGCGCAGCAUUGCCAGCCUGACGGGCACGAAGGACCUGCAGAUGGUUUCGCUGACGUGCCGUGUGCUCUCGCGGCCGAGCGUCGAGAACCUGCCGACCAUCUUCCGCGAGCUGGGCUCGGACUACGACGAGCGUGUGCUGCCGAGCAUUGUCAACGAGGUGCUCAAGUCGGUGGUGGCCCAGUUCAAUGCGUCGCAGCUGAUCACCCAGCGUGAAAUGGUGUCGCGACUCGUGCGGGAGAAUCUGACACUGCGCGCACGGCGCUUCAACAUCAUCCUGGACGACGUGUCGCUGACGCACAUCUCCUUCUCGCCCGAGUUUACGCAUGCCGUCGAGGCUAAGCAGAUCACGCAACAGGCUGCACUGCGGGCGGCAUUCCAGGUCGACCAGGCGCUGCAGGAGAAGCAGGCGAUCAUUGUGCGCUCGGCGGGUGAGGCCCGCGCAGCGGAGCUCAUCGGUGAUGCGGUGCGCAAGAACAAGGGCUUCCUUGAGCUCAAGCGCCUGGACGCCGCGAAGGACAUUGCCAACACCCUGUCGACGUCGGACAACCGCAUCAUGCUCGACGCGCAGAGCCUGCUGCUCAAUGUCAACGACAAGGCAGCGCCGGCCUCGAAGUAA